AAGCCGCUGCAGCCGCGAGGGGAGUGGAGGCGGCGCGGCAUGAAGCGGCGCAGGCUCGCUCCGUAGCGCGCGUCAGGACGGUCCGGGCAGGGCCGGGGGGGAAGGAAAAUGCAACAUGGCAGCAGCAAUGGAAACAGAACAGCUGGGUGUUGAGAUAUUUGAAACUGCAGAGUGUGAGGAGAAUAUUGACUCACAGGAUCAGCCUAAAUUGGAGCCGUUUUAUGUUGAGCGAUAUUCCUGGAGUCAGCUUAAAAAGCUGCUUGCUGAUACCAGAAAAUACCAUGGCUACAUGAUGGCUAAGGCACCGCAUGAUUUUAUGUUUGUGAAGAGAAAUGAUCCAGAUGGGCCUCAUUCAGACAGAAUCUAUUACCUUGCCAUGUCUGGGGAGAACAGAGAAAAUACACUGUUUUAUUCUGAAAUUCCCAAAACUAUCAACAGAGCAGCAGUCUUAAUGCUUUCUUGGAAGCCUCUUUUGGAUCGUUUUCAGGCAACACUGGACUAUGGAAUGUAUUCUCGAGAAGAAGAACUAUUAAGAGAAAGAAAACGCAUUGGGACAGUUGGAAUUGCUUCUUACGAUUAUCAUCAAGGAAGUGGGACCUUUCUCUUUCAAGCUGGUAGUGGAAUUUAUCAUGUAAAAGAUGGAGGGCCACAAGGUUUUACCCAACAACCUUUACGGCCCAAUUUAGUAGAAACUAGUUGUCCCAACAUACGGAUGGAUCCAAAAUUGUGUCCUGCCGAUCCAGACUGGAUUGCUUUCAUACACAGCAAUGACAUUUGGGUGUCCAACAUUGUAACCAGAGAAGAAAGGAGACUUACUUACGUGCACAAUGAGCUGGCCAACAUGGAAGAGGAUCCCAGAUCAGCUGGAGUUGCUACCUUUGUUCUUCAAGAAGAAUUCGACAGAUAUUCUGGCUAUUGGUGGUGUCCAGAAGCUGAAAUAACUCCCAGUGGUGGCAAAAUUCUUAGAAUUCUAUAUGAAGAAAAUGAUGAAUCAGAAGUGGAAAUUAUUCAUGUUACAUCCCCUAUGUUGGAAACGAGGAGGGCAGAUUCUUUCCGUUACCCUAAAACAGGCACAGCAAAUCCAAAAGUCACUUUUAAGAUGUCGGAAAUAAUGAUUGACGCUGAAGGAAGGAUUAUAGAUGUCAUAGAUAAGGAACUAAUUCAACCUUUUGAGAUUCUAUUUGAAGGAGUUGAAUAUAUUGCCAGAGCUGGAUGGACUCCGGAGGGAAAAUACGCUUGGUCCAUUCUACUAGAUCGCUCCCAAACUCGUCUGCAGAUAGUGUUGAUCUCUCCUGCGUUAUUUAUCCCAGUAGAAGAUGAUGCCAUGGAAAGACAGAGACUCAUUGAGUCAGUGCCCGACUCUGUGACGCCACUGAUUAUCUAUGAAGAGACAACAGACAUCUGGAUAAAUAUCCAUGACAUCUUUCAUGUUUUUCCCCAAAGUCACGAAGAUGAAAUUGAGUUUAUUUUUGCCUCUGAAUGCAAAACAGGUUUCCGCCAUUUAUAUAAAAUCACAUCUAUUUUAAAGGAGAGCAGAUAUAAACGAUCCAGUGGCGGGCUGCCUGCCCCAAGUGAUUUCAAGUGUCCUAUCAAAGAGGAAAUAGCAAUUACCAGUGGUGAAUGGGAAGUGCUCGGCCGGCAUGGAUCUAAUAUCCAGGUUGAUGAAGUCAGAAGACUGGUAUAUUUUGAAGGCACCAAAGACUCCCCUUUAGAACAUCACUUGUAUGUAGUCAGUUACAUAAAUCCUGGAGAGGUGACCAGGCUGACCGACCGUGGCUACUCUCACUCUUGCUGCAUCAGCCAGCACUGUGACUUCUUUAUAAGUAAGUAUAGUAACCAGAAGAAUCCACACUGCGUGUCCCUUUACAAGCUGUCAAAUCCUGAAGAUGACCCAACUUGCAAAACAAAGGAAUUUUGGGCCACUAUUCUGGAUUCAGCAGGUCCUCUUCCUGACUAUACCCCUCCAGAAAUUUUCUCUUUUGAAAGUACUACUGGAUUUACAUUGUAUGGGAUGCUGUAUAAGCCUCAUGAUCUACAGCCUGGAAAGAAAUACCCCACUGUGCUGUUUAUAUAUGGUGGUCCUCAGGUGCAACUGGUGAAUAAUCGUUUCAAAGGAGUCAAGUAUUUCCGCUUGAAUACCCUUGCCUCUCUGGGUUAUGUGGUUGUGGUGAUAGACAACAGGGGAUCCUGUCACCGAGGGCUUAAAUUCGAAGGCGCCUUUAAAUAUAAAAUGGGUCAAAUAGAAAUCGAUGAUCAGGUGGAAGGACUCCAGUAUCUGGCUUCUCGAUACGAUUUCAUCGACCUGGACCGUGUUGGCAUCCACGGCUGGUCCUAUGGCGGCUACCUCUCCCUGAUGGCCUUGAUGCAGAGGUCAGAUAUCUUCAGGGUUGCUAUUGCUGGGGCCCCAGUCACUCUGUGGAUUUUCUAUGAUACAGGAUACACGGAACGUUACAUGGGUCACCCUGACCAGAAUGAACAAGGCUAUUACUUAGGAUCUGUGGCCAUGCAAGCAGAAAAAUUUCCCUCGGAACCAAAUCGUUUACUACUCUUACAUGGGUUCUUGGAUGAGAAUGUCCAUUUUGCACAUACCAGUAUAUUACUGAGUUUUUUAGUGAGGGCUGGAAAGCCAUAUGAUUUACAGAUCUACCCUCAGGAGAGGCACAGCAUCAGAGUCCCUGAGUCUGGAGAACAUUAUGAACUACAUCUUUUGCACUACCUUCAAGAGAACCUUGGAUCACGGAUUGCUGCUCUGAAAGUGAUAUAACUCUGACCUGUGUGGAACUCUGUUAUACACUGGCGUUUAACCAAAUGAGGAGGUUUAAUCCGUAGAACACACAGAAUUGAUCAUCAUUUUGGUACCUGCCACCUAACAUCUACUUCUGAGAGUACAUUUGGUGCCAAGCAGGGGUCUACAGCUUGUGGAUAGUAAUCUAAUACGUUAACCACACGUACACACACACACACACACACACACACACACACCUGAAUAAGACUUCUCCAGGACCCAGCAAUGUUGUGAGAAUUACUGAAAGAAAUAAGAUGUUAGCACCACGUGUCCAUCCUACCUGUUUUCACUUUAAUAGCAUUAUAAACCUCAUGGACUUAAUGAGUGCAUUUUUACCGUAUACUUCUGAGUUUGUUAAGACAUGAUGAUAUUAGUGAUUGGUUUGGUUCAAUUCCAGAAUCUCUGACUAGUUACAGAUUUGAUAGCACUUAAAUGUAAUUGAAUAGCUUAUGCUUCAUUGCUUGGGGUGUAUCCAGCAUGUUAUGAACUAAUCACUAUUAAACCUAUGACUUAACAGUCAUGAAUGAUUUUUCAAGGAUAACUUAGUGGCCUCCUAAAGACACUUAUUUUGGCUCUGACCAGUUUAUAGCCAAUUUAAACUAUAGUAUAAAUAAUUCUCACUUUUCUUUGAUGGUAUGACAGAGUGGGUUUUCCUUUUGCAUAAAGGCAAGUAACUGUAUAUGUAGCAUGGAUUUAAUUAGUCUUAUAUUGAUAAUUACAGGCGGAAAAAAAUGUAAUCAAAUGAUUAGAGUUUAAAUAUCGCAGGCAGUCUUUCUUUUUUCCCUUUAGGAAAAGGUAAAAGCGCACAUUCACUUGUACUCAGAAAUGUAGUGGUGCCGGUGUCCAUUCGGUAUCUCCUUACUGAAGUGCUCCAGAGUUCUAGGAAGCUGGAAGGGACUUGCAGUGGGGUGGGAAGACCAGGAUGCAGGGAAUGACCAGGAGGAGAGGAGGCAGUAAAGGUUUGCCUAAGAACUGAGAAGAGUUUAACGAAAUACUCAUGGAAAAGUGUGGAAAGUGAAAUUUGAACUAAAAUGUUAGUUAAGGAAACCAGAAUUAAGAAAUCACUCUUUUGCCAACCGAACUAUAGACUGACAGUCAGAGGAGGAAAAGUUCCUGAGGGUUACUUUUGCUUUGUUAUUUUUUUCCUCUUAAUUUUAGAAACCUGACUAAAUUAAACUUUAUCCUUUUCAAAUUCUUCAAACAUAAUUUAAAUAUUGCGAGCUUAGGAUGAAAAUGUUUCCAGACAAUCCCUUUAGCAUAAAUGAAUCUCCGGCAAGCUGUGGUUCUCUUUUUCAGUGUUCAAAGCCUGUGGUCCAUUUUGUGAGUGACCAUGACAUUUUCCUAGUUUCGCAUUAGCACUUGCCUGUGAAAGGAGCUCAGGGCCUUCCAGGUGCUGUUAGGGACCUGCCCUCCAAGUCCUGGGCUGCCAGAUGGCUCGCACCAUUGGCAGAGAAGGCAUCUGUGAGUUUGACCCUUUUAUCACAAGCGUCAGUGUUUAAAAACUGUCACCAGUACUUGCAAACAGUUCUCCAUGGGAAACGGAUGUUUCUCACCACUACAGAGAGAUGUCUCCCACAGAGAACACGGCCUCCAUUAGUAAGAGUGAGCGUCAGAGGUGGACUUCAUCCUUGAAGGCCAGGUGGGACGUAGGGGAGCCUGGAAGGGGCAGGAUGACCUGAUGGUUCUGUCCUUGGGAAGGGGAUUGGGUUUGGCUGUGUGUGUAUUUAUACUGUAUAAUAGAUACCACGCUUUUCCUAUGUAUCGGUCUUCAUGUUUCUGAUAGUUUCCCAUGCCAAGAUUUGUUUAUAUUUUUUCAAUGUUAAAUUAAAUCGAUUUGGGUAACUCUUCUUCCCCAAGAAACUAUUUUCCCAGAUGACUUAAGUAUAUAUCUGUCUGCUGAGAUGUUUUUGGUUUGGUUUUUGUUUUGUUUUUGGACUAGUUGACCUCCAAAGAUCUUUCUAUUAUAUGCUACAUAGAAAUGGUAUAUGCUAGUUUUUAGGCACCUACUCAUUUGAAACCUCUUACUCAUUAAGGGUAUUUCUUCAAAAUGGCAUCUCUUAUGUUACGAAAACAAACCUUAGAAAACCUCAUGUUCAUAGGCUUUUCCUUUACAGCUUGUGCUCUUUUCUUCCUACCACAGGACUGCUCCUCUUCGGGCUCUCAGUCACUUAAAUGCCAGUCUUCUCCAGGUGGGGGGAAGUACGUGCCUGAAUUCACUUGCAGAAAGAUGGCUUGUCUGAAUUAGCUUUUUGCCACCAGUCUUAAAAAUGUCGUUGUCAUUGAAGCCGUCAGUGUAAAUCUUACUAAAACUGUGUAGACUGACAGCUUAAAAGGCAAACUGAUAUGAAAGUAGCAACAGUUUGGUGAAAGCCGAAAAGUACUAGGUUCAGUACCAAACUGGGUGUUUGCAGGCUCGGUAAAUGGGUGCACUUGGACAGCCAUCCACAGAUACGAUUACUUGAACAUUGUAGAGCAGCGGAACUCAGAAUCUCAGAUUCAUCUGGCAUGCUUACUGGAAGAAAUGCAGUCUUGAACCUCACUUUUAGAAAUCUGGAUCCCACCGAUCGAAGUGGAGACUAAGAGUAUGUGUUUUUGCCAGGCUUCCAGGUGAUUCUAAAGCAAAUCAUCUGGGGACUGUUUUAAGAAAUGUGUCCAAAGAGAUGGAGCUGGCAAAGAAAACAACAGGUGACUUUUACACUGGACAGAUAGACCA